AACCGCCGCCACCUCGUCAUGUCAGUUUGGGGUGACAAGGGCACGGCCCACGGGUGGCUCUCGUACGCACUGGGCGACGAUGCGUCGGACCAGCACUCGCUGCUGUUUGCGCGACAUGGGCAGGUGCCUGCGGCGUCGCUCUCGGACUUUCGCUACAUCCGCAACCUUGGCAUCGGCACGUGGGGCGCCGUCAUUCUCGUCUCGCUCGCCCACACCUACGAGGUCUACGCCAUGAAGGUGAUGGAGAAGGACACGCUGAUCAAGACCGAAAUGGUGGAGCAGACGGUGGAAGAGCAGGUGCUGCAGGGCGCGGCGUCGGCAUCACCGCUGGUGGUCAACCUCCGGUACGCCUUCCAGACCGAGCGCAAGAUCUGUAUCGUCAUGGACUUUCUGCCCGGCGGCGACCUCUUCCGCCUCCUCUCGCGCCAGCCGCACAACAUCUUCCCCGAAGCGACGGCCAAGUUCUACGCGGCCGAGACUGCCGUUGCCAUCCUCCACCUCCACCGGCUUGGCAUCAUCUACCGCGACAUGAAGCUGGAAAAUGUGCUGCUCUCGGCCGACGGCCACGUCCGGCUCACCGACUUUGGCCUCGCCAAGAAGAUCUUCUCCAAGCGGACGUCGACCAUUGUGGGCACGCCCGAGUACAUGGCGCCCGAGAUUCUGCUCUCCAAGUCGUACGACACUCGGGUCGACUGGUGGGCCUUUGGCGUCUGCCUCUUUGUCAUGAUGGUGGGCAAGUACCCCAACACCUCGUCGCCCAUCGCCAACCAGGUCCCGGCCUCACUUGGGCUCUCGAUCUCGUGUCUCGACAUCAUGCAGUCGCUCCUCACUCAAAAAGUUAAGAAGCGGCUCGCCGGCCGCGACGUCCUCAAGCACCCGUGGUUUGCCGACUAUGACUUUGACGCCGUCGAGCGCUUCGAGUACGAGCCGCCGCUUGGCAUCGAGCUCGAGCCGCUGCCGGACCCAGUUGAGCUCCCGUCGUGGCCGCUCCUCACCGAGUCCCUUCUCGACUCGUACUUUACUCCGGUGACGGCCGCCACGCCUUCGGCUACGCCGCGGCCCAUGUUUGGCGGCGACGGUGGCGGCGGCUCAGAGUCGGUCGCCAAGCUCGCCGACAGGCUCCGCGAGAGCUCGUCAGGUGCAAACUCGACCAACUUUCUCUCUGCACUCCCGGCUCACGCCCAGUACCCGGCAUCUGGCCCAGGCUCGGCCCGCUCGCAGUCGACCUCGUUCGAGACCCCGCACCGCGGCUGGGCUCGCUCUACUCCGGACCUCGGCAAGUUUGUCCGCCAGCGGACAGACUCGGCCAAUUCGGCGCUGCCGUCGAUGAGCCGCCCGCCCAUCGCCUCCCGCGGCGGCCACGCGCUUGAGCGCAUUCCGUCCGAGUCGCAGACGCCGCCGACGGGCCGCAACGAGCGGCCGUCGUCGUCGCACUCCCACUCGCACCGCCACCGCCACCACUCGUCGUCGCAUGGCCACCACCACCGCUCGGGCCACCACAAGCACCACUCGUCGCGCUCCCACCGCCACGCGUCGCGUGACCGUUCCGCCUCGCACGAGCGGUCACGGUCGCGCUCCCGCGAUCGGCGCAGCUCGCGCGACCGCUCUCGUGGCGACUCGGCGUCGCGCAAGUCUGAUGACGCCGACGGCACAGGCUCGGUCGUCGAUCAUGCCGAGGACUCGCUCACCUCGCUCGCAGACCGUGUCUCGGCGCUCGAGAGCGAGAAGCGCGCCCUCGCCGCCACCGUCGCUACCCAGGCCGAGCGCAUCCGCCAGCUCCAAGUUACCACCUCGAACCACAUCACCGAGAUGUCCGACCUCCGCGACUUGGUCCGCGACCUCGAGGCCCGGCUCAACGACUACGCGGCCCAAGGCCACGACGAGCCGCUCGUUGAGGAGCCGCUGCCGGUGACUCGCACCUCGCGCGAGACUACGCCGCGCGAGAACGAGGCUCCGUUCCGUGUCUCACCGCACAUGAGCCCGCGCGACCGUCGCCUGUCGUCGGGCGCUGAGCGCUCGCCGCGGCUUGUCCCCGAGCCGGCGCUCGUUGUCGCCACCGAGUUUGGCGACGCUGAUGAUGAGACUGACUUUGACGACGACUACCUCUUCUCGUACUCGUCGACCGAUGAAUGA